AUGUCUAAAAAGUUCUUAUUUAUUCUCGCUGUGAUUAACCUCAGUCAUGGACAUCUUGUCGACUCUCUCGUCCCAAGUUCAAUAGCUAAAACAAAUCAGCACUUUAUCGAAACGCUAAUUACACAUCCAAUAAUAAGUUCAACGUCGUUUGUAUCGUCUAACGCCUUCGCAGCAGCAGUGAAUCUUGUUACCAAAGUGCCUUUAGCAGUUUCAAGAGCUAUUGGACCUAUUAGACUUAGUUCGCGGAUCAGCAAAACAAACAACAUCGAUGUAGUCGAUAAGCUCAUUUCUGACUUCAAUGCAGGCAAGGACAAUGAGGACGCAACCAUGAGUAUCGACGCGAUAAUCGUUAAAUAUGGAUAUCCAGUUGAAAGGUACGAAGUGAUCACUGAAGAUGGCUAUGCAUUAACGUUGUUCAGGAUUCCUGGCGCUGGCCCCGCGGUGUUCCUGAUGCAUGGGUUACUUGGGAGUGCCGACGAUUACAUUGUUGCGGGCCCCGACAGUGGACUCGCAUAUCUUCUGGCGAAUCAGGGCUACGAUGUGUGGAUGGGUAACGCUCGAGGGUGCAAGCAUUCCCGACGCCACGUGAAUUUGAAGCCAUCUAAUGCCUCUUUUUGGGACUUUUCGUGGCAUGAGAUCGGCAUCUACGACCUACCAGCUAUGAUCGACUUUGUAUUGAGAAAACGAAAUGUGGCUACUUUAAGAUACAUCGGCCAUUCUCAAGGUACGACGGCUUUCUUUGUGAUGGCCUCUGAAAAACCCGAAUACAAUGCGAAGAUAUCUGGCAUGGUAGCAUUGUCACCGGUAGCGUUUAUGUCAAAAGUAAAUUCUCCUAUAGUGAGGUUGUUAUCUCCAGGAACAUCAUUGCUGCACGAAUUUUCGAGGCACCUCGGUGUCUAUGAAUUUUUGCCAGACAAUGCCAUAAUGAACGCCUUGAAGCUGCUGAUAUGUGGCACAGGACCGUUGGUCAUAAUAUUAUGUAGCAACAUUAUAUUUAUAAUCGCCGGAUUUGAUUUUGGCCAGCUGAAUAUUACGAAUUUGCCUGUGGUAUUUGGCCACUUGCCGGCGGGGGCUUCUAUUAAGCAGUUCGCUCACUAUGGUCAAGGACUUAUAUCUGAAGAUUUUAGGAAAUUUGAUUACGGUGGUGAGGAGAAUAUAGUAAGAUACGGUGUGAAGGUGGCUCCGAGCUAUGACUUGGAGAAGGUCGUGGCGCCGGUGUAUUUAUUUUACAGUGAGGCAGACUGGCUUGCACAUCCAAGUGAUGUGGAGCAACUGCGCAAGAGGCUCAGCAAUGUGGUAGACACCUACAAGAUACCGUACGAUCAGUUCAACCACGUGGACUUUGUGUUCGCUAAAGAUGUCAAGAAAUUGGUAGAAAGGUUUUAA